AUGGGUGUCACCUUCGACAAGUGCGAGACCCGCCCGGCCAACAUCGAUGUCAUCCUCAACGGUCUGGACCGCUACAACCCCGAGACCACCACCGUCUUCCAGGACUAUGUCGCCCAGCAGUGCGAGGAUCGCACCUUCGACUGCUACGCCAACCUGGCCCUGCUGAAACUCUACCAGUUCAACCCUCACCUCCUCCAGCCGGAGACCGUCACCAACAUCCUCGUCAAGGCCCUGACCGUCUUCCCCUCUCCUGCCUUCUCCCUCUGCCUUGCUCUGCUCCCCGCCCACACCCAGCCCUUCCAGUCCUCCGACGCCGAGGCCCAAGCCGCCGCCCAGACCUCCGACUUCGUCGAGUCGAUCCAGAAGCUCGCACGCCUCUCCACCCUCCUCGAGUCCGCCCAGUACACCCAGUUCUGGUCCACCCUGAACUCCGACGACCUGUACGCCGACUUGGUUGCCGACGUUGCCGGAUUCGAGGAGCUCGUGCGCAUCCGCAUUGCCGUCGAGGUCGGCAAGACCUUCCGUGAGAUCCCCGCCGAGGUUCUCGAGCAGUGGCUCGACCUGCGCAGCCGCGAGGCUCUCGAGAAGUUCGUCGCCGAGGUCUGCAGCUGGGAGGUUGACCAGGCCGGUCCCAACGGCACCGUCAUCAAGGUGCCCACCAACAAGGAGAACGAGGCCCGCAGCGAGGUCAAGAGCGAGCGCGUCGACGCCGAGAUGUUCGGCCGUGUCAUCCGCCGGGGUUUCGAGCAGGCUGCAUGA